GUUACCAAUAGAUAUAGAAUGCUAUGCCCUGAAUUGGUAAAACUUGCAUCCCGAGCGGCAAAAUGUGAAGAGGCAUCUGCCUUGGUAGCUAGCUAUAUGAAUGAGAUGUUUGAAAAGGUUGAAGAUAUCUUAAAGAACAAACGAGAUAUGGAUGAGUCUACUAAUGAAGGACAAGACUCUCCACAAGAAGCUCCUUUGGAAAAUUUUGUUGCCGUUCAGCCAAAAAGACUUAAGAAAAAACAGGCUCCUCGCAAGGGAAACAAAAGACCAAAAAGUUGGACUGAGAAAAAAUUAAGGGAAGAAAAAAAAGGGUGGAUCAGCAGAAGUUGUUUCAAAUGAGGAGUCGUUUCUUGGUCCCACAAUGGCAAGAGAGGUGGUUCAGGGCCAUGAUAUAACAGAUAUCCAUACGCAAAAACUGAUUGGAUGCUCCAAUCAAAAUCUAUCAUCGAUGCAUACAAGGGUUACAACUUACAAGUCAACUUCUUGCCCAUCCAAUGCAACUAUCAAUGACUCCAUACCUCAAAAAAUGCAUGGACAUGGGCAUAUUGGAAGUAUUUCCUCUCUAGUCACUACCACUCAAAUUUCUAAUCCACCAUUUUAUUCUCUUCUAUCUCAGGAUGUUGAAAAAUAUGAGGCACCAGCUUGGAUGAAUCCUGAAGAAGUUGAAUUUAUGAGGAAUUCUAGCUACAGCAAUUUCAUGUGAUGCCUUACUCCUGAUCACCUCAUGAGGAUUUCUUUGAAUGAUAUUAUAUCUGUAAUUUUGUUUCUUUCAGCAUGGUUUCUUUCAUUGAUAUUAUGUAGGUCUUGAGGAUUUUUUUUCACUGAUGUUUUAUUAAAAAGUUCAUCAUGGUUUCUUUCACUGAAAUUAUAUAGCUUGUGAGCUUUUUUUUUCUAGCAAAACAAGCAGAGAGCCAAGAAUGACUAUCAGAAACCUUCUUAAAAAAUAAGCAGCUUAUUUCACAUUUUCAAACUAAAAAAUAAUAUAAAUGAAAAAUAAAUUUUCAAUUUUUUUUUUGCAUCGUA